AUGACAAAAGCAGCUAUUCAAUCGUCAAAUUUAUUCAAACCAAUUAAAGUUGGAAAUACAGUGGUUCAACACAGGAUUGCCCAUUUACCAACCACUAGAAAUAGAGCACAUCCGGGUGAUCACAUUCCAACAGAUUUGGAGAAAAAGUAUUACACUGAUAGAGCCAAGUCGGGUGCAUUAUUAAUCACCGAAGCCACAAUUGUUACUCCGAAACUAGGUUGGUACCCCAAUGUUCCAGGUAUUUGGGAUGAGAAGCAAGCCUUGGGAUGGAAAGAAGUUGUUGAUUCAGUUCAUGCAGUAGGUGGUAAAAUUGCUGUUCAAUUGUGGGGAUUGGGUAGAGUUGCUAGUGGUGCUUUAUUGAAGACAAAAGGUUACGAUUUUGUUGGGGUUAGUGACGUAUACGAACAUGAAAAGUCAGAAAAGGAAGCCAUUGAGGCUGGUAAUCCACUUCGCCCCUUGACAACAGAAGAAGUUGAAGAAUUGAUUCAAAAAGAUUACCCAAAUGCUGUCAAAUUGGCCCUUGACGUUGCUGGAUUUGACUUUGUUGAGUUACACUUUGCCAAUGGAUACAUUGCUAGUCAGUUCUUAAAUCCAAAGAUCAAUACCAGGACUGACAAGUACGGAGGCCCAAUUGAAAAUAGAGCCAGGUUCAUUUUGGAAACAUUUGACAAUAUUUUCAAAGUGGCAGAUGCACAAAGAGUAGGUGUUAGAUUUUCACCAGCGAAUGUAUUUCAGGAACCUGGCAUCAAUCCUUCAAGUAAAGAGGACUACACCUACAUCCUCAAAGAAUUACAAAAACGGGCCGAUGAAGGACAUGAAUUGGCAUUUAUUGAUUUAGUUGAUGGAGUUUACGAUGCCGAUGAUGUCCAAUCACCAGCAAAUGUCAACUACUUUUAUGAUUUAUGGAAGGGGGUAAUUUUGAAAGGAGGAAACUAUACCGAAGAUAAAAACGAUGGAUGGAAAAAAAUUCUUCAAGAUGCCGACGCUAAUGAUCGUACAUUAGUUGGUUUCGGCAGACAUUUUAUCGCUAAUCCAGAUCUUCCACAAAGAAUCAAACACGGCCAAGAUUUGAAUGACUAUGAUAGAUCUACCUUUUAUACCACGUUCGAUUAUGGGUAUAAUACUUACCCUGAAUAUGGUGAAACCAGAGAAGCUGAUCCUGAUUCCAAGGUUGUUCCAAAGCCAUUAGUUCAUUAA